GCACUUUGCGUGGUGCAAAGACUGCACCGCACGCAUUUCUUUGUUUCCACAAUCACACCUCGAAUCUUUCAUGCCACGAUGGAGACCUUGAGUGAUGAGGUGUGGGAUGUCGUUAUAGCCGGCACCCGCAUCCCUCAAUCACUCUUAGCAUUGUCGCUUUCAAGGUCCGGCAAGAAGGUCUUGCACAUCGACAGCCAUCCCUAUUAUGGGGGCAGCGAUGCUGGGCUCAGUCUGCAAGAUGCAGAAGCGUGGGCUCAAGACCUGGACAAGUCUUCGAGCACCGUUUUCAAGGCAGCUUCCAUAGUCCACCCAAGCCGCAGUGCUGAAGAGCCAGCGGUCAAGCUUGCAUCCUCCCGAUCUUACACACUCUGUCUCAACCCACAGAUCAUCUAUGCACGCUCUGAUUUUCUGCCAAAGCUUGUCUCGUCACGCAUACAUACCCAGCUUGAGUUCCUCGCGGUCGGUUCUUGGUGGGUCCACAGGAACGGGAGUUUGCAGAAGAUCCCAAGCACUCGUGAAGAUGUCUUCAACGACGUGUCUCUGUCAAUGAAGGAUAAACGUGGUCUCAUGAAAUUCCUCCGAUACGUUCUGCAGGAAGAUGCAGAAUCAUCACUUGGUGGAGAGGAAGAUUCUGCUCUUUCACUACAGGACGCUCUGAACACCAAGUUCAAGGUUCCAGAGUCUCUACAUGCGCCGCUCCUUGCCCUCGCACUGUCACCGAGAGAUGCAAGCUCGAUCCGCUUUGACAUCGCUCUGGCUAGGAUCCGGAGGCAUAUGCUGUCAAUGGGCUAUUUCGGCCCAGGCUUUGGUGCUGUCACCGCGAAGUAUGGUACUACUUCGGAGAUCUGUCAAGUCUCCUGCAGGGCGGGGGCUGUUGGAGGCGGUGUCUAUCUCCUGGGUCACGAGUUGAAGACUCUAGACUCUGUCACUGGUGACUCCAGCAACACAGACCAAAGCCCAGACGGCCUUCCUCUCCUGGAGGGCACGCUCUCGGACGGCACUCGAAUCAAGACUCGGGUUGUCGUCGGAGACCUUGAUGAACUCCCACAUCUUCAGCACGGGUCGCCCGAAGGCACCCCGUCUACUGGUACUUGGAGGUCCAUCAACAUCGUGGCAGACCCACUCAAGGAGCUCUUUCCCCAGACCUCGGAUAAUGGGCCGGUGCCUGCUGCAGCAAUGGUGUUGGUGGACACAAAUGCUCACGAGUCAGCCAAAUCCCCUAUCUACCUGCAGAUACAUUCCGAAGAUACUGGCGAAUGUCCAGCCGGUCAAUGUAUCAUUUAUGCAUCUGUGACUGGCGGCGAUGGGGCCGCAAAGGACAGGCUUCAGUCUGCAGUCAACACUUUCCUUGAUACAACCAGUGCCAAAGGCAGUCUUCUGUGGUCCUUGUCCUAUUUGGUGCUCGAUUCCGCGAAUGACCCGACCCUCCCAUACCCUCCAUUACGGAAGCAGUCCUCGCAAAUUCUGCUGUUUCCUCCGGCACCUCAGGACAUCUCCUUUCCCGAUGGCGUUCUCAGUACCGUAAGAGACGCAUGGGCGACUAUCAUGAAUGCCAGUCCGGAAGACGGCUCUUUCUUGCAAUUUGACGAAGGCGACAUUGAAGCUGAGCAAUGAACGCGGUCGCUCGUGUGUCCUGUGCUGUCAGCUAAAUAUCAGAAGGGUGUCGUGGUUCGACUCACAUCGCCAUCGAUCAUGCAGUGUGUACUACCCUGAUCCUCACAGGUUUAACUACAGGAGUGCUUUUCGGUUGUGGGACCAACCUCCUGUGGCUUCAAGCAUUACUGCUUCAAUGUGGCGUGGCUAGCUUCUGCAACCCAUUUCCAAAGCCCUGUUGUAAAAGCCAGUUGUGUUGCACAGAAUUGGAGCAAACCUUAUCGGCUGAGCCGACGGCUGACAGCAAGCCGUUGGCGUGCUUCUUCUACUUACUUGUGGGAGCAAUCGUAUCUACCAUUGCGUUUCCAGAAGCACUUUUGGUGGUCAAGCAUUCUCAGACUCGGCUAGACCGGCAGCAUCCGCGGCACAGCAGCAACGAUAAUGAGUUGGAAAUGUCAUGGAGUCGACGAAGUUAUCUAACGUCCUGGAGCAUCCGUGAGAGCGGUCUGUGACAACCUGCUACUUCGGCUCUCAUCAUGGUAAGUGAAGUGCGGAUGCUAAGCCCUCAUUAGUUGCGAUGUUGCCUGUUUACGCCACGAGCUUGUGCUUGCCAUGGAGCAAAGGAUGCCCUAUGCUGAUUUGCCUUAUACUUACUCCAUGCUGAGUCGCCAAACUGACCGGCGGUUUGAACUGUGGGAAUGUGUACAGAUACGGUCUGCUUGCAGAGACCGGAGGAAAGACACCACAGCAAUAAAAAUUAAGAUGCGCCUCAACAGGACCCAUUAUUGCAUUCUUACCAUCGAGGACACUGACUGAGUUCCUUUGUGUGGCCCCCACCUGGUCUUCAUUUCAUAAACUUACCUCGUAUGCUCCAAAAUACAACUACAUUGUAGUUUGAUACACCACAGACGCGCAUUUGUCACAAGGGUUAUCCCCGCCGGGACAGGUGUCAUCGAUUAUGCUUUCCGAUGACUGCUGCGGACAUGCAUUUGUUGCUUUAAGGUUGUUUUUUACUGAGGCAAAGUCAUCACGUACUAGUAUCGAUAUCACGGAGCGAUCAUCAAAUACUACUACCAUUACAUCUUCCUGCAGCACA